CUCUGACACAUUAUUAUCGCUGUAAUUUGCAUGGAAACCAUGAAGCAGUAACGGAAUGGCGACUGGUUUAAUCCGACAAUUUACGGGAUUUCUGUCAUGCCUUCACUGCUUCAGACUUCCCAAACGUUGAGUUGCUGCAAUGGAGAAAGGUCCUGAAACAUAGAAAUGGUGAUAGAUCAAUUUGUCAGAAUUUUGUUUCAACUGUAAUAAGAGAAUCACAUCAAGUCAAAAUGCAUCCCGGCAGGCGAAGCAAGACCAAACUUCCCAAAACAAGUUUUUCAAACUUGAAGACAGUGGAGGUUGGACGUGGUCGUAAUGGCUACGGCUUCACGAUGACUGGCCAGUAUCCAUGUGUUCUUAGUAGUAUCUUACCUGGUAGCCCAGCCGAUAUCGCUGGACUAAAGUCUGGUGACUGUGUUAUGGCUGUCGACGGAGAGAAUGUCACACGUGUUGGACAUGAACAGAUCAUUAAACUAAUAGGAUCAACAUCAGGUGUUCUUCGACUUACAGUUGCUUGCUUGGAUGAAUCAGAGUCUUCAGAUGAGGAAUAUGUACCCCCUCCAAGGGUGCGAUACAGCAGAUCAAAGAGCACACCACCAAAUGCAGAUAACAGAGAUGAACUGGAGAGAGAUGAAUUAAAGCGGGGAAUUUUCCAUGAACAGCAGUUACCAUUGUAUGAUCACAGAAAUGAACAUCUGCAGUCCAUGACGCCUACGGGUCCUGAUCCUUCCAGUAAAUUUUCACCAGGACACUUAAGUCCAUACAACCAAACAGGGAAAGCAAAGGUCGUGCUUCAGAAGCCUGCGAGUGGUUACGAUUACACUUACUGGAACGGAAGGAGCUUUGAAAAAAUAGGGUCACAAAAACCGCGAAGAGUUAAGCGUCAUGCAGAGAGUAAACAAAGGCAAAGGGCAUACUCUACACAAAGUCACACCAGUUUCUUCGCUGAAGAAGAUGAGGCCGACCAAGGCCUCCGACCUUUGACCCCAGUAGAAGUGUCCAAUAUCAGGUAUCCAUCGCUUCGUCCCAACUCGAGGCAGACGUCUCGGCAUCCAAGAUCAGCUGGCCCUCCUAAAGAGCGUCGGGUCAUAAUGCAUGCUGUGGUGGGCUAUCUGGGAUCCAUUGAUAUUCCAGCAUCGGCUAAUUUACCCACGGCAAGCUUGCAAGCCAUACGUGGUUGCGUGAGACGCCUGCAUCUUGAGCAACGGGUCCAUUCCUUAAUGUUGAUGGAGAUCACUAAUAUGGGAGUUGAGCUGGUCAAUGCCAAUCACAAAGUGACAGUAGUGUACCCGUCAGACAGUAUUACCUUCUCAGGAAUUUGUCCGGAUGACAGACGCUGUUUUGGCAUUGUAACCGCACAAAGUCAAGCACAGAUCCCUGACAGUCUUGAUAGCGACGAGGAACCCAUUGGGAGCUCUUGUCAUGUUUUCCUUGUUGACCCUUCCCUGAACAAUCACAGUGUUCAUGCCCAAAUGGCUGCAAGAUUUGGCAUUCAGUGUGUGCACGAUGACGCCACAAAUUCAUGUCGGCAGUUUCCGACGUCUUCCAAACCCCUCCUGAUGCAUAUUGCCCAGCUGCAUAGAGGUCACAGCGACAGACUGCACUUUGCUGAUUUCUACGGCCAGUCUGCGUAUCCUGCAGGUCCCAGACGCUCAAACAGUAACAGUAGUAAUAGUGACAGUGGAUUCGGUAACGGUAAGGAGAAUGGCACGGAAGCCAACCAACACGGAGAGAGAGUUAUGAUUGUAGAUGUAGCAGGACAUAUCCGUAAUCAACGGACCCGAGGACAAAGCGCAACCAGUGAUUCUUCUCCCAAUAGACACGUUGUUCAUGCUGAAAUCAACACGUCCCAGUCCUCAUAUUCAAUGUCUUCCGCCUCCCCAUCAUCUCCAGAAAAUUCACCUCAAAACACGUUCAAUCAGAAGAAGAUGUCAGAUCCUUCAGGACGCUUAACUCCACGGGCAAGACCAGAUCCUAUCUUGAGAGAUCGGAACGGCAGCGUGACGCCUCUUGCUAGACCCAGUUCAGCUGUCUUUAACACAGCAUCGGGUCGACUGACUCCUCGAGCAAGACCAGACCCAGUCGGUUUCUGCAGUCCUCUCACUGUGCCAACCUCUAAUCAGUAUCGCCCGCCAAGCAAAACUCUUGAUAGUAACACCAACCAAAAUCUUGCAGACGUCACCAAUCAUAUGAACGUUCAUCUACGAAACAAACCAGGUGAUGUCAGCAAUGUGAGCGGUCGACCUCCUACUGGAAGACACUCCUUGUACGCAAAGUUGGAUGCUGGCCCAAGAAGCUCUGAGUUGCUGAAUCCUAAUAAGAAAGCAGAGGCACAAAAGAUGACACAGCUGCGACUCAAGAUCCACCGACAGCAUGACUUAACAAGACGUAACAGUGACUGUUCCGAAUACAGUUCUUCCAACUUAAAGAUGUCUCAGCAAAGAUCGCAGAGGGGUUCACAGCUCAACAUUCCACUCAACGAAGCAGGAACUAGACAGUCCCUGGCAGCAUCCGAUGGAGAACUUGACGCAGCGGAGGGGGAAUCAACGCUGAAGAGUGAAACCAAUCGAUCCAAUCCUAAUCUUCUUGAAAUCGGUGGUAAUCAGGAAGUUGGGAGAGUCUCCAGUUGGGCUGUCAGCUUUGACCAUCUCUUACAAGAUGAACUUGGCCUGGCCUGCUUUACAGAAUUUCUCAAGCGAGAGUUCAGUGAGGAGAACAUCAUGUUUUGGAUUGCCUGUGAGACAAUGAGUAAGAUGACCAAGAAAGACGACCUGAAGCGGAUGUCACAGCACAUCUACAGUAAGCAUCUCUCCGACGACUCCUCAAUGCCAGUCAACUUGGACAGUAGUUGUGCCUCCAAGGUGACGCAAUGCCUCAAGAACCCUACUCCAGAUAUGUUUAAAGCCCAGCAGCAACAGAUCUUCCAGCUGAUGAAGUACGAUAGCUACUCCCGCUUCCUGAAGAACCAAGUCUACCAGGAUUGUGUGUUAGCCGAGAUGGCCGGCAAUCCACUACCGGUCUUCUGUCGGCAACGCAGUGAUUGCACCGGUAGUGUCAGCAGUACCGACGAAGCGACGGGGGACCGUAAGAAGGCAGCACAGAAAGGCAAUAAGAAAAAGUAUCAAAUAUGGAAAACAACCAAGUCCUACAGUUUGGAAGUUUGUGAAGACAGCCCUGACAAGAAACGCAAAUCGAUCUUGCCUUGGAAUAAAGCUAAAGUCACAAGGAAAACUGGUAAAGAUUUUGACCCAUCAGCAGAUUCAGAAGCUUUGAGGCAGUCAGGAAACGGCCGGAAUCAUUCAAGCAAAGCAUCUUCAGUGACUAGUCAAACCGGUCAGAAUGGAAAGGCUAUUACCAUGGAGGGAACAUGCCGCUUAGUUUUCCCCAAUGACGACGAAGUAGUGUUGCCUGCGAGACAAGGUUUUACUGUACGUGACGUGUUAACUCCUCAUCUGGAUGUCCGACAUCUCAACUUGCAGUCUGUGGAAACCUUCCGUGCUGAUACUAAAGAGUCAUAUCCUAAGGGCAGGAAAAAGAUUGUUGACUAUCGGCAAGACAUGAGUGCCAUGGCAGGAGCUGAUAUUGUUGUUGAACAACGAGUUGUGUUCAAGAUGGAACUACCAAGCCACAGGGUCAUCGGAGUCAAGUCUAAACCAACUAAGAAGCUGAUUGAAGUCUUACGACCAGUCACACAUAAAUACAACCUGCAACUGGAUGCUCUGGUGGUCCAUCUGAGCAAUUCUCCAGUUCCACUGGACCUUGAUAUCACCGUUGCAUCGUUAGAUGGUCAGAAGAUUCUGAUUGAAACUCUGGAGCAGUAUGGUGCUGGUAACUACCAGGCGCGGGCAAGAGUGGACCCAGCGCCUGUCGCUGUGCUGCACAAAGCAGCGUCGGACGAAAGCAUCAUUAGAAAGCAAGAUGCUAGGCCUACCCAACAAGCGGCAUAUCACCACCGACGUCUCUCACAGAAUGAAUUUGCCAGAGGAGACAAAAGUGCUGAGAGUGAAGGCAAGUCGGGGCAUGAGGUCAAGGGCCAUGAGGUCAACGGUCAAGUAGUCACCCUCAGACCAAGUAACUCGGAUACAUCGAUACAGACGAUGAAGUCGCAGCACAGAAGUUACAGACUGGCCAACAGUGAUGCAGACGAGUUGUAUUCUAUGCUGUCAAAGGCUCAACGUCGGAGAAUGGACGACCAACGUGGUCUGACUAUUCGUAAUCUUGAACUGCCAGAUUUCUUGAAGAAACCCAAAAAAGACACGGCGAGUAAUCGUCCACAGAGUGCUCUGGGUACGCCUUACCAGAAAUAUAGACCAGGCGUCUCGCAGAGCAGCGAUAAGAGUAAGAAAUUCAAAGACAGGGCAGUGAGAUGCAAGUCCACUCCGCCGGCGACUUACAAGGAGCCAGGUCUCGGGGAAGGGUUCAUUCCAUCGCACGUACAAGCUGAAGCUAUAUUCGGCGGUAGAGGGCGCUCUAGUGAUAUCACUCCGUUAACGUUCAACGAUUCCAUGAUGGCAGUGGGUGACGGAAGGUACGACUUCGGUGAGAACUUAGAUAUGAUCGACUAUGCAUUUGGUUAUGAUGGUGUUGCACAUAAUAAUGACUUUCAGGCCAACCAGUAUGAUGAUAAGUUUAGUCCCCGUGCUUAUAACACUGAUCCGUUCGUUGCCAAAGGGGGCGAUAGAGGUCUCUCGCUAGAAAUAUAUGACGGUGGUCUUGGUAACAGUCGUCAUGGUAGUGAACAACAUGGCAGUCAUCCUCAUGGCAACCAGCAUCGUGGUGAUGGAGAUUACGAUGACGUCUUUCAGGGUGUUCAGUUCAGCAUUGGCCAAGCCCAGGAGUACGAUUUAGAUCGGACUUUAACUAAAUCCACGUCUGGAAAUGAGUCCAUCCUGCCGCCUCCCCCUGAUGAGCUUGAUUACACGUUACGUCUUGAAGAAGCUAAUUAUUCUCCUCCUCCUCCCGUCAUUCCAAUGAACCAAGAUCAGAUGACAUCAUUAGCACACAGUGGUAGGAUCACCCAAGGCAGCACACUCCCUGGUCACAUGUCUGACCUGUCAAACCAGCCUCUAACAGACACAGAUUCCGUUCACUUUGGUGACAGCCCUCUUCUUGACGAUCCACUGUCCCCUCGAAUCCCUUCACCCUCAACCCACGACCUGGUCAUGACCCCAAAUCCCGAGGAGGAUUUUGACCACUCCCUUGGAGCUCAUGGCCCUUUCUAUGGGUUUCAUCCUCAAGAAGAUGUUCCCCAGUCUCCCAUAGAAAGCCAUCCAUCAAUGAUCUCUUCAAGACCUGACGUUCUGAGGCCGGUUCUUGAUCCAGAGAAUAUAAGUAGCUCACAGGAGAGCACCACUCAGCAAGGACUCUCACAAUAUAACGCUUCCUCACACGUAGCGUCUCAGUAUGCCUCACCGCCCGUCUCUUCACAUCAGGCUACCUUGCAAAGCUUCCAGCAUUCACAGCAAGGUGCCUCCCAAGGUGGUGCCUCACAGGAUGUAACCUCACAGAAUGUAACCUCACAGAAUCUAACCUCACAGAGUCUAACCUCACAGAGCACUGAUGUACAGGAGAGCACUCCACAGCUUAGCUCCUUACAAGCAAGUAAUACGACACCUAAGCCAGAUAUUAAUCUUCAGUGGAAGGCGGCAAAUCGUGUACAGCAGCAAAAAAUAGAUCGCGAUAAAUGGGAGACGGUUGUCAAAGACGGCCGUACAAUGCGUGCAACGUUUGUGUAACAUUGGAACACGCUGAUAUCUGUAACUUACCCUGAUAGAAGUUAGUCAGAAAAAAACAUUUAGACAUACAGUGGUUUUGACUAAAUGUAGUGACAUGGUGCUUUCUUUAUUUAUAAGAUACCAGGAUAUUUGUCUUCACUAUUUCCGGCAGAACUGUUAACUGAAAUAAAUUGAGGAGUUUGAUGUUUUGAGGUUGUUACCUGUAAUGUAGAUGCUGGAAGCGCCCGUAAUCAGGAUGAACCAAGUGUUAUACUUGAUUUCAUUUUUGUAGGUUUUUGCCAUACUGGGUCACGUUUUUGUUGUAUAUUGAUGAAUCACGUAGUCAGCUUACAAUUAUUUUGUGGUAAUUUUUAUAUGAUAUGAUUUUUAUCUUGGAUUUUUGUAACAGAGUGGACCGGUAUAAUUUGUUGUGGCACUUACGAUUGUGGUUAUUUUUUUUCUUUAAUUUCCUGACAUCUGUAAUCAUGUUUUAGGUGAUGAGAUGUUGCUGAUCUUCAGAUUGAUUUAAUACAUUUUACUUCUCAUUGAUUAUGAAUUAUGCGAUUUGAGUUUUUAAGUAGACAAGUAGUGCUUUCAGAUAAAAAAAACACACCGAUAUAUCUUGUAUAUUUUGUAAAUUUACUAGUAUGCUGUACAUGUAAAGCAUUUAUGUCUUUCAUGCUAGAAAGUAUUACUUGGAUUUAAACCCCCCAAAAAGAUCACCAACAAUGAAAUAAUUUGUUGAAAUUGGUAGAAUAUCUCCUGUGAUGACCUGUCAUCACAAAAAUGAGCAUAGAGUCAGACUUUUUUUAAGAUUUGAAAUAUCUAUCUGGAUUCUGCAGAACCAGAGCUUUCCAAUUGUACAUGUAUAUGACAUUUAGAGUUACUGAGUUUAGUAACAGAAAAUAUACCGCCAACUUAAUUUAAGUUCUAAUUUUUUAUAGAAAACAGCAUUUACAAAUCCUUCCAUUGUGUUACAGUGAAUGAACAGUCGACUCACACAAAUGGAAUGAAAAGAGGUUUUCAAAAUUUAGAUUGGACCAAAAAAAUUGCACAAAGGUAAAACAGCACUUCAAGAUUAGGAUUCGCCUGAAAAUGAAAUUUAAAAAAUAGAACACACCUUUGGAGUGAAGUAGGGCAAAGCCAAAAUUCAAACUGGCAAUUUCCAACUCAAAGCCCAUUUCGCAGUGACAGGUCACUUAUGAUAACUUGAUAACACAAAUCUUAUUCAUUCUUGGCAGCUGCAAGCCUGGUAGGUUUAACUAUUUUUAAUGGAAUUCAGUAGGUAUUAGUUGUUUUCAUCUGGCGUCAUGUAUUCAUUGAACCAUGUGACAACACUUACAUUGUAAGUGUUCCGAAUCAUGGUGUGGAAAAGCAAAUCGUAUUCACCAAGUUUAAUUAUUCAUAGAGUGGGAAUAUAUUUGUAGUUAAACUUGUAUUUAAAAUAGAUUUUGGUUGAUAGUAUUGAUGACGUUCACAAGUGAUUGUUAAAUUAGCACAUGUUUUAGUUUCUUUAUUUUAAACCAUUUCCAAUCUGGGUGCCCAAACAAUGAGCCCACUUAAGACUUAAGAUAAGACUUAAGAUUUGAAGUGUUGUAAAGGGGUCAGUGAGGGUGGUUUUCAAAACCUUGACUUAUCUCCGGGCUCCGGCGAUGAACUUGAGGUUUGAAAAACAACCCUGCUUAUAUAUUUAAUUAAUUCAAGAUAGCUGUAGAGUUAUUUAAGCUGUAUUCCUUGUAUGUAAAUAGUGUUUGCUUUGAAAUUCAUAUCUAUACCAAAAAUGUAUCUAUUCACAACAUGGAACAAAUAUUUGAAUGAAAUUUGAGCUGUUCCAAUGAAAUGUAACAUAUAAGUAGUAUUUUCAUUUAUAUUGGAAUGUUUUUAAUUAACAUGUAUAUAGACAUAUUUUUGUACAGCAUGUGCGGUGCGUUUAUAGAUCAUUAUUAUCACCAUGGAAGUCCAUACUAAGACUAUCAUCAUGCAAAGUAGUCUUUCAAUAUUUUUCCAUAAUUAUCCCAAACAGUAUGCAUGGUAUGUAGACACCACCCAUCUCUGCCUUGACGGGUUGCGCUGGCAAAACUUUUUUGUCUGAUUUUAAAGUCUGAUUUGGGCACGCAACUUUUUAUAUAUUGAAGUGGACAGGGUGACAUUAUAGUCAGAAAUCGGACGAUUUCCAGCCGUUACUGAAGAAUAUUUGUCCAAACCAAAAGGGAUAAAUUGUGAAGUGAAAUUGUAACAGAUUCAUAUGUAAGUGGGAAACGAAUUUGACUUAUGGUCUUUAUUGGUUGUGAUAUUUAAUGUCAAAUAGUCACGUCUAUUUCACCCUCUGCAGUGUUUCUAUUUUUCUGGUGAGGCUUUGGUUGAUAUCUUUUGAAUGCUGAAUGGAUGGAUAAAAGUCACCAAUAUAUUUAUGCCAAGAAACAGUGAUCGUAUUUUCAUUCAUACAAAUCAUAAUUGGCACGCACAUAUAUGCACGAUAUUGCAUGAUAUUGUUUGUACAGCAGUAGAUGUUCAAGCAUAUUUAUCAAAUUAAGGUAAAAAAAAAUUGUAAAGUAUAUUAUUUUGUAGCUUUUUAAAAUGUUUUUAUAUAAAAUGCAUGUAUAUACUGAAUCCUU